AUUCACUAGUAUAGGAAAUGAUUUGUACACUAUCCCUAACUCUAACCCUACAGUAGUUAUUUUUUAACCAGCCUAAUUUUUUCACCACUUGUUAUUCACUCACUCUGCUGCUCCCAGGGACAGUAUUCUCUCAUCUGUUGACCAGAAUUCUUGUGCUGACAAUAUCUGUCUGUUCACCAAUCUUCCCCUUACAAGCUCCCUUCCUACAGUCGAUCUCAUUAUAGCCUGCAAUGGCCGAGCCAGUCAUCAUCAAGUCCCCAGAUGGUGGAUGGGGGUGGAUGAUCGUUUUGGCUGGCUUCUUGAAUAACUGCCUUUUGGUCGGUGUCACACGAUCCUUUGGAGUCUUCUUCAUUCAUUUCAUCCAAUACUUCCAAGAGUCAUCUAGUCGUGUCUCAUGGAUCACUUCCAUCGCUAUGGCAACACAACAGUUUGCAAGUCCAGUGGGGAGUGUAUUUGGGAUGUAUUAUGGAGCUCGCCCUGUGGUGAUGGUUGGUGCAAUUUUAGCUUUCCUGGGAAUGCUUACAGCCUCAUUUGGACAGAGCCUUCUGCACUUGUACCUCUCCAUUGGAGUUCUGACAGGUUUUGGUUGGGCUUUGGUCUUCACCCCCACAAUGGCCAUGAUCUCCAGAUACUUCAAGAGACGUAGAGCCUUGGCAACCGGUUUGGCAUUCACUGGAGUGGGAGUUGCCUCCUUCUUUUUCUCUCCACUGUUUCAGCUCCUAAUUGAUGUGUAUGGAUGGCGUGGGGCCAUUCAGAUCCUGUCUGCAAUGAUGUUGAAUCUCUGUGUCUGUGCAGCUCUGCUCAGACCCAUCACCAUCCAAGAAGACCUUCUAGUUGCUUCAAGGGGACAUUCUGCCAAUGGAAAGAAGAGCACUGAGUUUUGGAACAAAGUGACCUCUGCCUUUGAUUUGACCCUUUUCCUGCACAGAGGCUUUAUGGUGUACAGUUUUGCAGUUACUCUGAUGACCACAGGAUACUUUGUGCCCUACAUCCAUCUGGUGGCCCAUGGAAAGAAUCUUGGAUUGAGUGAUUAUAAAGCUGCCUUCCUAUUGUCUGUCACUGCCAUCGCUGAGACUAUUGCACGGCUAUUUUCUGGUUGGUUGGCAGAUCUCAAGCUGAUCCGAAAAAUCCACAUGUUAUUCCUCUGGAGUAUUGUCACUGGAAUUAGCCUUCUCCUCAUUCCUGUUGGGAGCACGUACUAUAGUCUAGUGGGGGUCAGUUUUUUUUAUGGCUUCUGUUCUGGAGGCCUUGCCCCACUCUUCUUCUCCACGCUCCCAGAUAUCGUAGGAAUUGGACGGAUUCUCAAUGCAACUGGGCUCUUUCUGAUGCUCCUAAGUAUUGGCGGACUCCUUGGGCCUCCCUUAUCAGGGUUUCUGGAGGAUCUCACAGGAAGUUACACCACAUCCUUCAUGACUGCAGGUGGCUUCAUCCUAGCAGGAUCACUCGUCCUGUUCUUCCUUCCGAGCUUUCUCAUCUGCACAGUGGUCCUUUCUGAACAACAGAGUUGUGAUCAAGCCAGGGCUGGGGAUGGCAGGGACCAUUCUGUACAGGCUGAUGUGACAAACUAUUGCUUGGAGGAAUAACAGGAACUAUUUAUUGGAAUGCAGCUGACUGUGCAUCCUAACAAUGCAGUGUUGAAAGGUUCUUUCAAUGGCCAAGCUAUCUUGUUUAAACCAAGGGCAUCACAGCAGGACAUCACCUGCCGUGGCACAUGCAAAGAGAAGAUUCAAUCAGUUAGGGAGUGACAUACCCCAAGUUUGUAAUGUGAAUCAUUUGAGUGAGCACACUCUAAUCUGUAACAGAUGUAGUUGCAAUUACUCCUGCAGACAAAUAGCUGGACAAUUCAGCAAGGAAAAUAAUGCAAAUUCAGAGUAGGAAAAGGGCAUUUGGCCCAUCACUUUAUCCAGACUCUGACUAUUACAAUCACAUCUGUGAUUUUGUCAAAGCAAAAACAAGCAUUUCUUUAGUGCCUUUCACAACUUCAGCAUAUCCCAGUGCACUUUACAGCCAAAAUCUCAUCAUAGUUAUCGUAUAGAAAACACAGCACCCAAUCUGCAUACAGCAAAAUCCCACAAACAACAAUUUCACAGUGAUCUGAUAAUCUGUUUUUUGCACUGUACUUGAGGAAUAAAUUUCUCCAUGUUGUUCAUUUUUAUCUAAUUAUCAUCAAUUGAGAGAUAUGCAGGUCAGUAAAGGAUGAAUAGGCCUAGGACUCUUGCCUCUAGGCAAGACCAAGGUCUUUAAGACUAUGAAGACAUUUGAUAAAGUGCCAUAUCAAAUCUCUUCAUUUUUAUUUUGGAAACUAAAACCUCAUGGUGUAGCCAAAACAUUUUGAAAUAGAUAGAAAAUUAGCUGGGUAACAGGAAGCAGAAAGGAAACAUAAAAGGGUCUUUUUUUUCCUGUUGGCAAGAUGUAAUGAAUUGUGUGCCACAGGGAUCAGUGCUGGGAUCUCAACUUUUUAAUAAAGCACAUACAUGACUUGGGUGGAGGGACGGAAGGUAUGGUUGCAAAAUUUGCUAAUGACACAAAGAUAAGUAGGAAAGUAAGUUGUAAAGAGGACAUGAAAAGGUUGCAAAAGUCUUUACGUAGGUUAAACCAGUGGGCAAACAUCUGGCAAAUGGAGUAUAAGAUGGGAAAAUGUGUAAUUAUCCAUUUUGAUAGGAAGAAUUUUUUAAAAAUCAAAUUACCUAAAUGGUGAGAGGUUGCAAGCUCUGAGAUGCAGAUGGUUCUGGGUUCCUAGUACAUUAAUCACAAAAGGUCAAUGCAAGUCCAAGUAAUUAGGAAGACUAUUAGAUUAUCAGUUAUUUUGUGGGGAAUUAAAUGCAAAGGGAGGGAGGCUAUACUUCAGUAAUGCAGGGUACUGGUGAGACCACAUUUGGAAGACUGUGUGCAGUAUUCUUCACGUAAAUACAUUGGAAGCAAUUCAAAGGUUUAUCAGACUAAUAAUUGAAAUGGGCAGAAUGACUUGUAAGAAGAGACAUGAUCAUAACUUGAGGGAUGUUUCCUGUUAUGAAAAUAUUUAGAACGAGAGGCCCCUGUUUAAAAAUAAGAGGUCGCCCAUUAAACAGAUGAGGUUUUUUUUCUCAUGAUAGAUUGAGAGUCUUCAAAAUUUCUCUUCCUGAAAAGGUAGGAGAAGCUAAGAUGUCGAAUAUUUUUAAAGGCAGAAGUAGAUUGAUUCUGAGUGAACAAAGAGUGAAAGGUUAUUGGGUAAGCGGGAAUAUAGAUUUGAGGUUUCAAUCAGAUGAUCUUAUUAAAUGGUGGAACAGGAUUGAGGGGCCACAUAAUCUACUCCAGCUCCUAGUUCAUGUUCUUGUGUGAAGGGAUUUGCAAAGUUGUUGAUAAAAUGUUUACAAUUCAAGUGAAACUAAUUGAUACAGGACUGUUGCUAAAUAAAUCACAUGGGGGAUACAUGAGAAAUGUAUUUUACCAAGGAGUGGUGAGAAUAGGGAAUCGUUGAGGAGAAUAGAUGCGACUGCAUUUGAAGGAGGGGAGUCAGAAGGAAAUGCACAAGAAAGCCACUAGUACAACACACUACAGGCAGGCUAAAUUGAGACCAAGUGCUGUCCUCAAGAGAAGUCACUAGUUUGACUAGCUAGCAGUUCCAUCACUCCUGGUGCAGGCUAUUGGCAGGAGAGCAGUAAGAACCUAAAGAGGAUCCAUGCUGCCCUGAAAACAGAAAUCCUGCAGCUAUUGAGUGAGGAUGGAUCUAUAUCUGGUGCAGUGCUACAAGGAUCGGUGCUUAGUCCACUACUUUUCAUCAUUUAUAUAAAUGAUUUGGAUGUGAGCAUCAGAG